CUGUAUACAAUACCCUGUGUAUAAUAAAAUAUUUUUAGUUUGUGGACUUUAGGACGAUGUAUUGGAUAAUAAAAACAGAAUAGCAAUAUUUCUAUUACCAAUAACUUAUAGACCGAAUACACACUCCUGGGUCAACCUGUAUCUCUAAAUUACUUUUUAAAUUGGUUUGAAGAUUGCUAUUUAAAAAAGGCUGUUAGACCUUGUUUUACACUUGUUAAAAUCAUAAUGGUAUAAAAGCGGCACAGUUUUAUAUUUUUUAUAAAUUUUUAAAAUGUGAGGUGUAAACCCGAUUUUUUUUGGUUUUUAUUUUUUUGAUUGUAAUCCCUGAACCGAUUUGAAAAAAAUAGGAAAAUGUAAGAAAAGGAUAUUCUAAUUAGCAUAAAAAACAAAAGCAUGCCAUUAAAAUAAUAUUAUUAUAACGUCAUACUUUUUUGGAACACUCUGUAUAAUCAAAUAUAUUUUGCUAAAAUGCGUGGUUGAGUAUAAAUAACGGUUACAAACAUCAAAAGUUUAAUUUUGCUAAAAGUAAGGUACAGAGGGCACAACUAACUUGUAGAUAAUAAUACGUACCUUAAUUAAUUUUGUUGCUUUGAAGUUUAAAGCAAUCAUUACUAAAUUAUCAUUUUGGCUAAUUUAUUUAAUGCUUGUUUUGAUAAUAAAACAUGAACUUUCGUGCACACUUUACACACCCAAGAAAUUUUACAUUCACACCUAACUCAUUAUCCUAUUUUAACGCAAUUAUUAUUUUAAUCACCAACUUGCAACAAUGGAAAAACCUACAAACUCCUUUUGUAAAAAUGUUCGAACUUAUUUUCGCGAAUACUGCAACUGUACAAGUAUUCAUGGUUUUCGUUACUUCGGCGAGAAACGAACAAUAUUCGAAAGGAUUUGGUGGAUUAUAGUUUUCUUAAUUUGUUUAUCUGCGUGCAUUUUUUCGAUUUACGGAGUUUACAAAAAAUGGGAUGGAAGUCCAGUAAUUGUAAAUUUUGCAAAUCAGGGGACUUCGAUUUAUCAAAUACCUUUUCCUGCUGUGACAAUUUGUCCUGAAUCGAAAUCAGUCCAGAAUUUGUUUAGUUUCACGAAAAUUAUGCUUAAGAAGCUUCGACGCCAAAAUACGACUCAAGCCGAAGACACAAAAUUUGAGUAUAUGGCACUUGUGUGCAAAUACCACGAGAAAAUCAACUACACAAACCCAAAUACUUUCCCCGAUGAAUUUUUGGAUGUUUUAAAUACAGUCAAACCGAAUUUAAUCAAAUGGAAUUGCAUGUAUCUGGGGGAGAAAUACGACUGUAAUCAAAUGUUUGUCAAGAUUUUAACUGAUGAAGGAAUUUGCUACACCUUCAAUAUGUUGGAUAGAACAGACAUAUUCAGGGAUAAGGUAUUACAAUACAAGGAUUACCAACGCUCGCUCUACAAAAUGAGUGAAUGGUCUGUAGAACAUGGCUACACAGAAAACGCCCAAUUUUCGCCAUAUCCUCGUCGAGCUUUGCUUGCUGGGGCGUCGAACGGUCUUACUCUCAACCUCAUGACACCUAAAAAUUACUUGGAUUAUGCCUGCCGGCAAACAUCUCUCCAGGGAUAUAAAGUCAUUUUGCACACUCCGAUGCGGAUUCCUCGACCAAGUCAGCAGUAUUUUCGUGUUCCUUUGGAUCAAAAUGUUGUGGGGGCUGUUCAACCUGUAAUGAUCAGCACUUCAGAUAGGGUUCAAAUGUAUGACCCUAAAAGACGGGGUUGUUAUUUUCCCUCAGAAAGGCAUUUGAAGUAUUUUAAAAUUUAUACUUCUCUCAACUGUAAACUCGAAUGUUUGACGAACUAUACGUUAAGUCGGUGCAAAUGUGUGAAUUUUUUCAUGCCAAGAGAGAGUGGAACAAACAUUUGUGGCACUGGCAAAAUAGCCUGCAUGAGAGAAGCUGAAAGAUUUUUACAGGCCAAAGAUUUGUAUUUAAAAUUAUCAAAAAACAAAUCAUUGAAGAAAACGAGUCAAUGCGAUUGCCUCCCGAUUUGUACUGACACAACUUAUGAAGUUGAAACUUCACAAAGUGAUUGGGAUUGGAAAAUGACCUACAGUGCUCAUGGCACACCUUGGCCAAACGACACUCACUUAUCCUCUCUUACAAUUUUCUUCAAAUCGGACACUUUCAUCACAUCUGAACGAAAUGAACUCUACGGUCCUAUUGACUUUUUGGCAAAUUUUGGCGGUCUCCUUGGCCUUUUUACAGGAUUCUCUGUGCUUUCCUUAAUGGAAAUUUUGUAUUUUCUAUCAGUGAGAAUCAUUUGCAACAAUCGGUUGUACGGUUUUUGGGCAGGCCCCAGUAUUUAAACAAGUUAUACUAAAAAGGUGACUUAUCAAAUGAGAUACUUUUUAUUGAAACGCAUAAACACGAGCAUAAAAGCAACGUUUCAAACCAUUGAAUCGUAAAAUCCACUUAAUUAUAUGUCGAACAUUAUUAAGUACGUCAAGCUAAAAACUCAAGAGAGAAUAGUUAUGUAGAUACAGCGUGACCCAGGGAUGUGUAAUCGGUAGUAGUUAGAAGUGCCUGU